AUGGGAUCGUACCUUACGCAUUGUGAACUCAAGAGUCGUGUCACUCAGUUAAGCUGCAACCGAAUUGUUACUCAGACCACCAAAGAUUUGCAGCGUCUAAAUGUUAUAGUCAGAAAAGGAGGCAAGCAGCAGAAACUUCAGGUUGAAAAAUUACGCAAUGACUUUAAAGAAGCUGUUCAACAGUAUAGUAGAUUGCAGCAGCAAGUUGCAGAGAAAAUAAAAAUUAGGCUGUUCGUAAGGCAGCAAUCGAGUGGGUACUGUGAAGAGGAUGAACAACAGCAUCUUGUGGAGCAGGAGGCAAUUGCUGCUCAGAAAACUCUGCAGAAUGAGUUGCAGUUUGAACAGGAAAUGCUCCUGGAAAGGGAGCAAAGAAUUAAGCAAAUUGAAGAUGAUAUUUUGGAUGUGAAUGAAAUUAUGCGGGAACUGGGAUCUAUGGUUCAUGAACAAGGAGAAACUAUAAAUUCCAUAGAAAAUAAUCUUGAAAAUGUACAUGCAAAUGUUGAACAAGGACAAGAAGAAUUGGAGAAAGCUGCUCAAUAUCAGAUCAAUUUGAAAUUUAUGGAAGGACUAGAUGAAGUUCCGACGGAAAUUGUGCUUCCUGGUGGCCCUGGCGAUUGUGGUUGGUAUAGUUUUGACAAUAAUAAUUGUGACACAAUUGAGGUAGCAAUUCUAAUGAAAUUUCUUCUUUUAUGUUAUGUUAAUCUUACCCCUGAUUAAAAAUUGAAAGACUGAGAAGUUGUUUCAUGAUGUGUGUGAAGUGACAAUUAUUUAUAAUGGUAGACAAUUAUUCUUCAUUGUAAUGAGGAAUAAUAACUUUUUGGUUGCAUUUGAUCAUAGCUAUUAUUUUUAAAUGCAUCUUAUUUACUGCCAUUUUAAAGUUUACCUGCACUGGAUGUCUUUUGUUUCUGAGAAAGUGUAAUGUAUCUUAUCAGAGUUCGAAUACUGUUACUAUGAAAAUAUAUAGCUAUGUGUACUAAUCUCUGUACUCAAUGUAUUAGAAGAUGGGUCUUAUUUUUCUCUCCCAGGAAUCUGUUGUUGCAAACAUUAUAUUUCAGUCCAUCAUUGUAAAACUUCUAUUUUAUAAAUUUUGUGAUGUACUGUUGUUUUAGCUGUGUGUUUAAAGGAAGUAUUUUUGUUUUAUCAAGAGAUUAUUUUAUAAAUGUUAUGUUCUGAACUAUCAAAGUCGGCGCCAAUGCAAAUCCAGAGUUGUCUGGUGCCCAUAGUUUCUCUGAAUUUGCAAAGAUGAGGUAUUAUUGGCAGUGCAUGGUGGGCAUUAACAAUGAGGCAAAAUUAGGCUGAGAGGUAGUUUUUAGGUGUGAUGAAGAAAUUGAUUUGCUCUGAAUUAUUAGAGAAUAUGGAAACUUAAUUCAUGUUAUGUAAAAGGGUGAUGUUGGCAGAGAACACACCAUUUACGGUUCCAAUAAUUGUUUGUUCCCCAAAUGAUGCGUUUAAUCAUAGGUAUUCUUGAAUGAAGUUGAUGCAUGUAUUUCUGUUUUUAAAUAAAAGUUCUCAGAUUGUUUUUCUGGUCUGUGAAUAUAUGUGCUUUCUCAGUCUUAGAUCUUACUGUAUUAUUCUAUAAAGGAUACUAUCACAGUGAAAAAACAAAACAAAACAAAAAGCAAACAAAAAAAAACACACAAAACCAACAACAAAAAUGGAUGUGUAUUGAGGUCCAUAAUUAUGUACAAACACUGAUUUUAUGUAAAUAAAGUAUGUUAAAUUUUGUACUUGUAUAAACAAGUUCUUUAUUGAAAUAUUAAACAUGGUUAUAAUCUUGUACUGUAUUUGUAAUCUUACAUAUUAAGAAUAGUACCAAAAUAUGUGAUUCAUUGAUAUAUAUACACACAGUUGAAAUAAAAAUUUGAAUUAGUUUGAUUGGGUAGGAACCAAAGUGAACAUCUAGUAAAAUUUAAUUCAUUGCUAUUGUACUAUAAAAUACAGACAAGCUGCAAAUCAAAUUUGUGAUACAGGGGAUAUUUUAUUUUAAUAUUAACUUUAGAACUUAGAAAGUGAGGUAGCAAGUUAAAUAAUACAAUAAUGGACUUGCAGGACAAUAAAUCACGAAAUGUGUAUCAAUCCAAAAAGCGAUUAAGCCUUUUUCAGAAUAUGUACAUGAUUUUUUAGAUUCCCAUAUCCAUGAAUUAAGAAAUGCUGUAAGUGGAUUACUUACUUUCAAAUGUUUUAUCUUAGAACAAAUUAUUCUUAAUUUCUGUACAACAAGCUUUUCAGCUCUUCGUUCACAAGUAAUUAACAACUAUUUAAAAUAAAGUAAGCCCUAAUUUUUUCUAAGCCUAAUAAUAUAGUUUAUAUUGUGAAGUAUAAAUCAAAUAAGAAAUUCAUGACUAAUGGUACAUAUUAAUUGUUGUUUAUACUUAAAUACUGUCUUCUAUACAAAGGAACUUAAUUGCAAUUCAAACAAAUUCAUUCAAACUGUUAAUAACAAAUAUAAUCCACUGCAACCAAUUAUUGGCAUAUAUAAGAAGAAUGUUUUGAUAUUACUACGCUUCACGGCACAACACCUUUAAGAAGAGGUUGAAAGAUGCGGCAGAUCACAUGUGUCUGAAGGAAGCACAAGAGCCACUCAGCAUGAGGCCAGAAGAAAGCUUUGGAGACUAAAGCUGUCUAUAACUUUUUUUCCGUCUUGCUGAAGAGUAGGAAAACAUUCUGAGGAAUCUCCCAGAGACUUUUUGUUUAACCUGUAUUCCGAAACACAAAACACAAUUUUUUAAAAUUAUUAUUAAAUUUUUUUUUUUUCACAUGGUAUGUACAUUGAUUUGAUUGGAUGCCUGACAUACUAUGAACAAUAAAUUUAGUGAAUUAAAAGUCACUUUUGAAGUCUUUCCCACUACUCACUCUCACAUUGCCUGUCCUCUCUUUUUUCUGUACAUUGGAUGAUGAUGUUUUCACAUGAUUGCAUGCCUUUCAAAGAUGUUCCUUUUUCCACACAGCACCUCUACUUAACCACAUUACAUUUAUUAUUUUUGUUGUUAAAAUACUACUGAUUGACAAUUUUUGUUCCUCAAUUCUCCCUGAAUGAGAUUCAAUGGUCUAAUAGUCCUGACUUUUUACUCAACAUUCAAUCUUGAUUAUCAACAAAAAUUUGUUUGUAAUUUUGAUCUUUUGGUGUGGCUGCAAUGUUCCCUACGACCAGCAGAAAAGGUUUGAGAUCUCCU